AUGCGCCUUCAACUUCGUAUGGCCAACGGUCUUUUCGACAUCGUCGGCAAAGUCAUCUAUCCAUCCAUCCCAGUGAGAUACGCGCCCAGCUGCAACAUCGACUUACCGGAGUUCGAAAUUGGCCAUCGUCUGGAGAGCUUCUUCAGGGAGCGCUUCACGGAAUUAGUCGCCCCCGCGGAGGGCAAGUUCGCGCCAAUUUUCGUGCACUGCCCUGAUACAGUCGUGAAAGUCGAUUACGUCAACGGCGGUAAACGUUCCCGCGAUCAAGUUCAAACCGCCCUCAACAUGGUAUCUGAACUUGUCAAGGAGAAGUCCAUUGACGCUUCGAAGAUGGUAAUUCUAUCGCCUUACAGGUCGAACGUGGAACUCUUGAACAAAUUGACGCAGAAGCACUGCCCCGAACUCGCCACGAUGAGUCCCGCAUCGACCAUUGAUGGUUACCAGGGCCGGGAAAACGACAUUGUUUUUGUUGUGAUGGGCACCAAGGCCAUAGAUCCUGGUCCCGGGUUCACAAAGAAACGGUCCCGACUCAACGUCCUCCUGACGAGGCAGCGAUGCGGUCUCGUUAUCAUUGGCGACAUCAACGUCGUCGGGAAGAUGAGCCCAAAGGCCUUCGGCACCAAGCCUCAGCUGGACCUCCCAGCUCUACCGGAAUUCACAUUGCCGAAAGCCCCGCCGUACAUCUCGAAGGGCAUCGCAGGGACCAGGGGAACCACGGCGCGUGAACAAUACCAGGUCUGGCUUUUGUUAUGGAAGAGUGGCAGGGUGGUGACCAUGUCUGGCAAAACAGCCGCGAAUGAUGGCAGUCACGGCAUCAAGAGAGAACAUUCUGCAUCUCCGUGUGGCUUCUUUGGAGAAGCAGAUGAGGAUGUAGACAUGGAGACUGGCGGGGUGAAGGUGGAGGCGGAGGAGGCGGAGGAGGAGAAGAUCGAGGUCAAGACCGAGGAGAAGGACUUCGAAGGGCCUGUGAAGAAGAAGCAACGUUUGAUAUUUUAA